AACAAGUCUCCACUCAAGCAGCGUUGAAGCCACUCUAGCGGGUGAUGUUGCUUAUUGUCGGGAGGUCCGGGCCCGCGCAGUCCGCUUAGAAUAAAAACGGACGUUUUCAGACUGCUGCGAGACAGAAAGCAGCAGCAGUGAAGAGCUCAGAUUUUGUCAUGGCAAAGAAGUCAACUCCAGGCUGGUUUGGAGUUAUUCUCUCUACAGCAGCGACCAUAGCAUUUAUUGCGGCAAGUCUGGUCAGCGCUCAGCACUCUAGGAAAUUGUUGCACCGUCCUACCAGGACCUCUGAGCCCCAUCUGAUAGCGGGUCGCGUUUCAAGGGUUUAUCUAAGCCCGGAUCAGCUCAAACAGCUGAACUUUAAGCCCACCGUAGGAACCAUCCUGCUCUCAGAGGGCCAUGAGGCUAAAUUCAACUGCUCCAUCAACAUUCCCGAUGCCAGGCUGGAGCCCACCAUUAUCUGGGUGAGGAACGGCCAGGAACUGGCAGGAAACUUGCAGGUUGUGAUCAAUGAGCUCCAGACCAUCACGGACGGGAUCAUAACUCUCCUCUCCACUGUCAGCAUUAACCAUGUGCAGCGAGCAGACGCUGGGGAAUAUCGCUGCAGACUGAGCAUCGGCCUCAAAACGGUUGAGUCUCAGCCAAUCAUCAUAGAGGUGGAAGGCCUACCGACAUUUAUCCAUCAACCAGAGGACAGGAACAUAACAAGAAACACACCUUUCACGCUGUCUUGUGAGGCGGUAGGACCUCCGGAUCCUGUUGAAAUCCAGUGGCUCCGCGAUGGAGUACCUGACAGUGACCGUCAUAACUCUCCCAGCAGCUACUCUGUGUCAGGUGUGGACAAGUUCACUCAGUUCAGCUGUGAAGCACACAAUGCGAAGGGUGUCACCACCUCCAGAGAAGCACAUAUUAACAUUAAAGUGCUUCCCAGCCCUGUGUCAGAUGUUGCUGUGGUAGAGAGGCAGUCCAAUAAGUUGACGUUGAGCUGGAGCCCUGGACAUGAUGGUUUCUCUCCACUAACUAAAUGCCACAUCAGGGUUAAAGAGGUGAGUCGGAAGAAAGGGGAGGUGACGACCACCAGAUUCGUCAACAUCACAGUGCCGCCUUUCCAUUGUGAAGUCCCUGGGCUGCAGGCUAUGACGUGGUACAACAUGAGCGUUUCCUGCAGCAAUGAGGUGGGAGCCUCUCCUGUCACCAUGUGGAUCCAAAGCAACACCACAGAGGGAGUGCCAUCCUUUUAUCCCCGUAAUGUCACCGUACAUAUGUACAAUGAGUCGUCGCUGGUGAUCAGCUGGAAACCUCCCCCAGAAGACAAGAUAAAUGGCAUCCUGCGUGGUUAUGAUGUUAUUGUCAGAUCUGACACAGAAGUGUACAAGAUCCACAGUGACACUGUCAUGACCUUUGUAGCUGUGAAGGAAUUUAACACAUCCUACAGUGUGGAGGUGGCUGCAUGCACGCAGGCAGGGAGCGGCAUGGUCAGCCCGCGAGUCUGGCUGUUUGUGCCAGGGAACAAAUCAGUCGUUUCCCCGUCGUCCAGCCCUGACACCGGGGUUCCAGACUCUGUCCAUGCCGUGCUGGGCGUGGUGUUUGGCCUCUGUCUUCUGUUGCUUAUCCUCUGGGGGGCUAUCUGUGUACGCAACAGGACUUGGCUUGGGCGGGUGUUUGGAGGUGGAGAAAAGCUGCAGCCAACUGUACAGUACACACCCAAGAGAUCCUACAAUCGAUCAGCCAUAGGAGUCACACUUGGGAACCUUGGUGUCAGUGAUGAACUCCAGGCCAAACUUCAGGACAUGAUGGUCUUGAGGAGCUUGCUUUCCAUAGGGAAGGUUCUUGGAGAGGGUGAAUUUGGCUCUGUGGUGGAGGGACAUUUAAGACAACCAGAUGGGACGUCAGAAAAAGUUGCUGUGAAGACAAUGAAAUUGGAUAGCUUCUCUCAGAGGGAGAUUGAAGAGUUCCUGAAAGAGGCGGCCUGCAUGAAAGAUUUCAACCAUCCAAAUGUCAUCAGACUGCUCGGUGUGUGCUUGGAAGUAAGCCCAGGAAAUUUUGCCAAACCCAUGGUCAUCCUGCCAUUCAUGACAUAUGGAGAUCUACACAGCUUCCUGCUGCGCUCACGCCUGGGAGAGAGUUCAGUGUUCCUGCCUACUCAGACACUUCUGAAGUUCAUGGUUGACAUUGCUUUGGGUAUGGAGUAUCUCAGUGGUCGUAAUUUUCUGCAUCGCGACCUGGCGGCUCGUAAUUGCAUGCUGCGUGAUGACAUGACAGUGUGUGUCGCAGACUUUGGGUUAUCUAAGAAGAUCUACAGUGGGGAUUAUUACAGGCAGGGCAGAAUAGCCAAAAUGCCUGUAAAAUGGAUUGCAAUUGAAAGUCUGGCAGACAGAGUUUUUACUGUAAAGAGUGAUGUGUGGGCAUUUGGCAUUACCAUGUGGGAGAUUGCUUCGCGAGGCGCGACGCCUUACCCUGGCAUCCAGAACCAUGAAAUCUAUGACUACCUUCUUGAAGGACACAGACUGAAGCAGCCAGCAGACUGUUUGGAUGAGCUGUAUGAGAUCAUGUACAGCUGCUGGAGGGCUGAUCCUCUGGACCGACCUUUCUUUCCCCAACUGCGAGAAAUGUUGGAAAAGCUCACAGAAAAGCUUCCAGAGUCUUUUAGCAAGGAUGAUAUAAUCUAUAUUAACACCAGCUUUCCUGAGGAUGACCCUGAUGGAGAAACACUUUGUGCAGAACAUCCUUUGUUCAACUCUUCACCUUCCUGCAGCCAUCAGGCAGCAGAAAAUUCAGUAGUUACUGCGGACAUUCAUGGGAGUCUGGAGGAUGAGAAGGAUGAGGACGACGAUCGUUAUGUGGUGGUGAUGUCCUCUGAUCCUUCCCUGAGAUCUCCUGCAGUGGACACUCCUCUUUUGUCAAGUGAUGCUUUAAGUCAAGCAAAUGGAGACAUGGUUACUGAAGUGGCAGCAAUGGAUCACAGCUCGAGUGACACUUCUUUCUUACUGUAAAGAUUGGUACCCAGCAGAUCAAAACUGUUACUGUAAAACCUCUGUUGUUUAGUACUAAACAUUAUGCCUCAUUGCACUGGGAGCACCUUGAUAUUUUCUGAUGUGGAUUGUAGUAUUGUUGUACAAGCAGUUUUGCUUUACAUGGCCAGCCAUCAUGUCAGUUUUAGGAAUGCAAACAUUCAACAUGUACAUCAUAAGCUUAAGAUACACCGAACUGUGAAAUUGUUUUUGUGGAAAAAUUCACAUUUGUUUCAUUGAAUUUUGUGAUGUGUGUGUAAAUACAGAAAUGUACAUUUAUAAAGUAAUCUUAUAAAAUACAUAAUAAAAAGAUUUCUUCAAGACUUCA